UGCGACGAUGCAUGGAAGGAUGGAGUGCAAUACAAGUAGAGUCGAGACCCGCCCCGCCAAGGAUGCUCCUGCUUGCUUGCUUGCUUGCCUGGCCUUAGUACCCAAGAUCCCCUCCCUCCUCCCCACCCCCGUUGAUGCAACUGCUGCACUGCUGCCGCCUGCUGUCUAAAGCUCUUCAGAUUCACUCUUUUUGUGUCUGUCCUUUCGUUCAAGUUACUCUCUCUCCGAGUUAUUACUAUCUUUGCUCCCCCGGUAGCAAGUGAAAGCAAGAAACAGAAACAAGCUAUAAUCAUGCCUGUGAUUCGGAACCCAUUUCGCAGGAACCCUCCGCCACCGGCGCCCCGCACCGCUUCGACUUCGUCGCCGCUGGUUGAGCAGCUGGGAGAGGAUCGGGCGGACGAUGCUUCCAACAAAUCCAUCAAGUCCGCUAGCGCCAUCAGCAUCGUGAAGAAUGACGACGAGAAGAAUACCUACAAGAUGAGUGUGGUCAAUGGCGGGGUUUACCUCCCACCGUCACCAACCGAGAAAAAGAGCUUCUCGUUCCUGAAGCGAGACAACUCCUCGACGUCGAUCAAGAACAGACCACCUCUGACCCCCUUGGAGGAGCCAUUCACCAUCUCGCGAGAGUCGUUCGAUUCAUACCGGAGGUCAUUUGAUAUCUCUGCGCGGUCACCAAUCAGCGAUGUUGCGCCGGGAAGGAACAGCUUCGACAUCCGACCGACAACGGGAGUGACGGGCCGUGCGAGUAUGGAUGUGCGCCCGUCGCGGAUGAGCCUGGACGUCCCCGCCAGAAUGAGCCUGGACUCUCGACCGCCGCCUUCGCGAAUGAGUCUUGACCAACGGUCGCCUCGUAUGCCUCCCACAGUAAAGGACGUCGAGGAGCCGAAAGACGAGUUUGAGGAUGUGAAGCUUGACGACGGACCACGACCUAAGAAGCUUGGACUCUUUUCGAGAUUUGGCGGCGAGCACAGCUCGAAGGAUGCCGCCUCCAAAGAGCGGCCGUUAAGUGGCCUCUUCAGUCGCAGAGAGCACACUGCGGAGACGGAGCAGGAGAGUGAGCUGAAGCAUAUGGACAUGAAGUAAUUGGCCGGCUGGUGUUCUGGGUGCUGGGAAUGAUCGGUUGCCCGCAGCUGCAACCACACGACUCUUUUGCGUGUUACGGUGCGGUUUCGAGGCCCCACGCGGCGUCGAGGAUGCCAUCAGGCACUCGUCUUUUUGGUUUAUAGACACGUAUUUUUUUCCUUUUAUAUCAUGCGGGUCAUGGCGUAAUACUUGAGACGGGGUCGGGACGCUUUGGGUGCGUGUAAUGGAGGACUGGUCGGGUGUAUGAAUGUAUUUACGAAUGGCAUGUAUCUGGUCAGUAGAUAACGCUCUUUUUACUAUGAAUGGAGUAAUUAUGUCUUUGAAUAUACAUUGAGG